AACGUACCCGGACAUCAUGGCAAGGACUGGUCGUGUUCGCGUUGCUUAAACACGUCAGGGUAAAAGCUGAAAAAAAAGGAGUAAACGGAAAUAAAUGAACUAAGAAGGAUCCUGUUAGUCGGUUAUUUGUUGUUUUGGUCGUUGUCAGAGCUACAGGUUUGACUUGUCUAAAUGUGAGCUGAAGCCAUGGUACCAACUCAGAAACGCCACCUGUCACGCCUGCUUCUCUCAGUCCUGCUGCUCAGUGGCUGGACAGCAGAAGGAGCUCAGAAUGGGUCAGAGCAGGCAGCGUCCUCUCUGCAUUUGGCCAGCGUCCCCUCCAGUGGGGACAUUGUGGUGAAGGAGGGAUCCAGUGUGCUUAUUGAGUGUAACGUGACUGGAGUCCAUGAUGACUUCAAGUGGUACAACUCUAAAUCACAUCUGCUGGAUGAGGACGCAGGUGGGAAGUGGCAGAUUCAGCAGAAUGGCGUCCUGAACAUCACUGCGGUCUCCUUUGAGGACCGCGGCCGCUACACCUGCGUAGCCUCCAGUGGUGCCAGUAAGACCCAAAACUACACCGUCACUGUGCGUGUAGCCCACUGCAGCAGCGGCCUGGGUCUAUACUUCGUCAUCAUCUGCCUGGUGACCUUCACCAUCACCAUAAUCCUCAACGUGGCGCGGCUCUGCAUGGUCAACAGCCACCUCAAGAAGACGGAGAAAGCCAUCAACGAGUUCUUCCGCACCGAGGGUGCAGAGAAGCUGCAGAAGGCUUUUGAGGUCGCCAAACGCAUUCCCAUCGUCACGUCAGCCAAGACUCUGGAGCUCGCCAAGGUCACGCAGUUCAAGACCAUGGAGUUUGCUCGUCACAUGGAGGACUUGGCACGGAGCGUUCCUCUGCCGCCACUCAUCCUGAACUGCCGCACGUUCGGGGAGGAGGUCGUGGAGACGGGGAACCCCGGCCUUCACCCUACAGGGCAGGCCGGGACCUCUGUGCCUGGGAACAGACAAGCUAUAGGCCCGCCGUCCUCCGACAGAAGUGGAGAGGAGGAGGAGGAGGAGGUGUGUCAGGCGCUGCUGUCAAGCGAAAGAGAAGGGAACAAUGGAGGCAACGUUGAGGUCAAAGUUUCAGUCCACACGGUUUACCAGUGAGGAUAAGGAGGCUGAGAUGUACCUCCAUGUGCUUACGCCAGGCUCACGAUCAAGUGUGUCCUAUGAGAGCAACGAAUAGCCUCAGAGGAAACAGUUUUCUGAAGUGUAAAAUCAUUACAGAAUGUUGGAAUUAGUUUUCAUUUAGAUUUUUAUGAUUCUAGUUCUGCUUGUCGAAUCCAUUUCUUGUCCUACUGUUUGAGUAAGACAAGAAACCAAAACGGCUUUAUUUCAAAGAGGUGAGCAGUCCUGAUGGGCAGAGAAUUUUGAAAAAUUCUUUUUGGGUAAAGGGUAAAAUAAAGACAAAUAUAAAUAUUCUAGCUUGAAAUGUACAAGUUGGAAUCAGGCUGUUUUUUCUUGAGAUGGGUGUCCUAGCGUCAGAUAUUAUGACUACAUCUGUGGCCAUUCUGUACCUGCUGAGUGAUUUUCUUUUGCACACAGCUAUUGUAGCAGCAGAUAUAACAGCUCAUUUCUUUCCUUUAGAAGACACCAUUUGCUGCUGUUGACUUUGACAGUCAGCCUUCAAACAACAAAAUAUCCUCAUUUCAUUGUUGUCAUGUCAUGGCUUCCUGCCAAUCACCUGCCACUCAUGGGAAGUUUAAUACUUUGAAAUAAUCCCUCAAAAAUUUCGAUUCACAGACAUGAUUGCUGUGUCCAUGUCACUUCAUUUUAAGUCUUUGAUAGUCAGGACAGCAGUUGAUUACCGGUUAGGAUUCGCAUCACAAUGACUAUUUCAAUAGCAGAAGUAAAUGCCUAAAUAUAGUAAACACUAAGCUUAAACAUCCACUUUUACCUUUCAGUAGCAGCAGAGGAACUGAAAUAUAAAUGAUUAUUUUUACAUUACUGCUCCAAAACACGUCUGCUGUGAUGGAAAAUAUAAAUAUGCAGGUAUAAUCUAUCAGAUUUUGGUGUGCAUGCCAGGGAAAGUUAGGGACUUUCAACUUUUUAUAGUGAAGGUGAUGCAGCAUUUUCGCUCUGUAUUUAUAGGGACAUUUCUGAGUUACAUUUCUAACGCUGCUUAAUAAUUUGAUUAUUGAAGUGUGGAAGGUAAAAAGUGACUAAUUUGCCUCAAGUCUGUGUGUUUUGUGUAGAGGUUUAUGUUUAAAUAUGAAUUCACACAGACUGUCCAUGUCCUAGGAGAGAUAUCUAAAAAGAAAAAGUGUCCACCUCUACGUGGUGUCACAAGGCUUAAAAAAGUAAGAUAUGAAGGUGUUUUAAAUGCUUCUAUAGAACCUUUUUGGAGCUUGACAAAAAACACUGUUUUGAGGAGUUUUAGAACCUGUUCAGAGGCCAAAACAUGUUGAGAAACCAGGUCAGCAGCUUCUUUAUUGUGAGAGAUAUGAAAGUAAAGCGUGUAAACUGUGAAUCAGAUGUGGAACUUGAUAACUAUGGUUAAACAAAAGUUUUGAAUAAUUGUGAUACCAUUUUGCACUUAGCUGAAUCUUGAAUGUGUGAAUGAAUAUGUUGUUGCUGUGUGAAAUUGUUUGAUAGGUGUUUAAAUAUUUAAAAGUUUUCCUAAAAUAGUCUUUCUCAGGGACCAAAGGCAAAUGUUUUUCAGACCACAAGACAAAAAAAAAAAAUCCUAUAAUUGACACUAAUCAAAUAAAUACAAUAAAUACAA